AAUGCGUAGAGCGUCGGUGAAACUGGGAUUGUGGUCGGAAGUCUGUGGGCUGCGGCAGGAUUUUCUACGCCCAUCUUCUUGUCUUACAUACUGUUUUCUUUUCUUUUCUUUUCUUUUUUUUAUAAAUAUAUACUGUUUUAUUCUCUUCUCCUCUCUCAGUUCUUCAGUUCUUCUAGGGUUUAGAAACUUUGCGUCUCAAGGAGACUAUUUCAAUUUGUGAUCCUGCUUUUGACUUUACUGUGUUUUAUUUGAAUCGAAUUUUGCAGGAUAAAUUUGCAUUCUAGGGAAUGCUGAAAAAUGUGCCUUCACAUCAGCAUAUUACUGUCUAAGGCAAAGGAGUUUGUCGCUCCAUAUCAGCUGCCGUCAGUAAUUCUUGAUGUUGAAGAGCAGAGACUCUGUAACUAUGAGCUCGGUGCAAAAGUGCUCGGUAGAUCGAGGAACUCAACAAAUCCUGCUGCGUUAGGACAUCAACUAGAUGACGACGGUUGAAGAUUUCCCUCUUCUAUAAACUUACACAUAGUUAUAGGAAGAUUUUUAAAAUGGGAAGUGAAAGCAAGGGAUGUAUUCUGAUGCAAAGGUAUGAAUUAGGGAGAUUAUUAGGACAAGGAACAUUUGCCAAAGUUUUUUAUGCGAGGAAUAUCAAAACUUCACAGAGUGUUGCUAUAAAGGUGAUUGAAAAAGACAAGGUUCUAAAGAAUGGACUCAUAGAUCAAAUAAAACGUGAGAUUUCAGUCAUGAGAUUAGUGAGACACCCCAACAUCGUGCAGCUUUAUGAGGUAAUGGCUAGCAGAACCAAGAUCUAUUUUGUUCUUGAAUAUGUUAGAGGCGGCGAAUUGUUCAAUAAGGUAUCCAAAGGCAGGCUUAAGGAAGACGUUGCAAGGAAAUAUUUUCAGCAGCUGAUCAGUGCUGUAGAAUUCUGUCACAGCAGAGGCGCCUUCCAUAGGGAUUUGAAACCUGAGAACCUCCUCCUGGAUGAUGAUGGAAACUUAAAAGUUUCAGAUUUUGGUCUGAGCGCCCUUGCCGAAUCUAAGAGGAAGGAUGGAUUACUCCACACUACUUGUGGAACUCCAGCUUAUGUUGCUCCUGAGGUGAUCAAUAGACAUGGAUAUGAUGGCGCCAAAGCUGAUAUAUGGUCUUGUGGAGUGAUUUUGUUUGUUCUUAUUGCUGGUUCUCUCCCUUUCAAUGAUCCAAACCUGAUGGAGAUGUACAAAAAAAUUGAGAAGGCAGAAUUCAAAUUUCCCAAUUGGUUUCCACCAGAUGUCAGAAGACUGAUAAAAAAAAUUCUAGACCCUAAUCCAACCACUCGGAUCACGAUUGAAGAAAUUAAGGAAAAUCCAUGGUUCAGGAAUGGCCUUGGUGUUAAGCGAAUGGAAUACGAAACAGAAGCUAAAGAAUUAACAUCCAUGGGUGUCAAUACAGGCUUCAAUUCCUCUGAGAAUGUCACAGCUGAAGGAAAGCAAGAGAUGGAAAAGCAAGAAACAAUGAAGCCCUUAAACUUGAAUGCUUUUGACAUCAUUUCUCUUUCAGCUGGAUUUGAUCUGUCCGGCUUGUUUGAGGAGAACGACUGCAAGAGGGAGACAAGAUUCGCAUCCAAUAAGCCACUUUCUAUAAUUAUCUCAAAACUUGAGGAGGUUGCCAAGCGAUUGAAGUUAAAGAUAAAAAAGAAGGAUGGAGGGAUUUUGAAAAUGGAAGGAUCAAAAGAAGGCCGGAAGGGAGUAUUAGCCAUUGAUGCAGAGAUUUAUGAGGUAAUCCCUUCACUCCAUCUCGUGGAGAUCAGAAAGACAAAUGGAGAUACGAUGGAGUAUCAGAAGCUGUGGAAGCAGGAUAUGAGACCAGCCCUUAAGGACAUUGAGUGGGCUUGGCAAGGUGAUCUGCCAUCAUCUCAACCACCGCAGCAGCUGCUACUGGCUAAGAGUGGUAGCAUCUAGUGGCAAGAGCUGAAAAUUGUCUGAUUCACUUCUACUAGAUGUUCGGUAUUUCUCUCUCUUCUUGUUCAGGUUUUUUUGAAGCUACGAACUUUGUGAGCCUUUUUAUUAUUUUUGUGAAUCCGGUCUAGUGUACAGUGCUUGUUAUGCUAGUUUCUUGUAUAUUUAUUUAUGUUCAGCUUCUUGAAUGAACAAAAUCUUCACUUUUUACAACAUUGUUUCCAUUGGGUAUGCAUGCUUGAAUGCGGUCCAAUGAAAUCAGUACUUUUAUUCAAUGUGCAGAGCUAAAUAAGUGGACUUGUUAAGAUCUUUUAUGAUUGUAUUAUGUAUUUAACCUAUUACUAUGAUUAUAUU